GAUAGAAAAAGAAAAAAAUGGUUGUCUGUCACUGAAUCUGAAUGUUACAAAAUCUGGAAAAAUACACUUUAGUAUCAAAUAAUAACAAUGGCUAGCAUAGAACUAGAUAUCUGGCGAGGAGAAUGGGGUCUCGCUUCAAUAGAUUUAGAGUGUUUGAAGGUUUUGACCUACAUGAAAUUUAUAGGAGUGCCGGUGCGAGUUCGAGAGUCGAAUAAUCCAUUUUUCACACCAAAAGGGACACUGCCUGUUAUGAGAGACGGGCGUACGGUGCUUACAAAUUUUGAAGAAGUUGUAGAUUAUUUAAAAUCGUUGCAUUACAGCACAGACGUGCACUUAAAUAUAAAGCAGGCAGCGGAAGCCAGUGCUUUCACUCAAUACCUUCGCGACAAACUCUACCCCGCAUACCAGUACGCGUGGUGGGUUGACGAGAAAAACUAUGGAGAAGUCACAAGGAGCACAUACGCUAAGGCUUUACGCAUUCCAUUCAACUUCUACUACCCUGCGAGAUACCAAAGUGCAGCUAAAGAAAUGAUAGAUGCGUUAUAUGGAGAACAUACAGAUCUUAGAGAAAUAGAAAAAACUAUAUAUAAUGAAGCAGAGAAGUGUCUAAAAACACUCUCAGACCGACUAGGCGAGAGUGAAUACUUCUUUGGGAACCGACCGUCGUCUUUCGACGCGACUGUCUUCGCAUAUCUUGCCCCAUUAGUAAAAGCGCCAUUCCCGAAUGCCACACUAUCAAAUGCUGUGAAAGGCAUUACAAACCUGACUAGGUUUGUGGCAAGGAUCCAACAAAAGAACUUUAGGCAUGUCACAGACGAAUACUUGAAACACAACAAAAAGCAUUCAACGGGCACGCAGUCAGAACGCGAGGCGGCCAACUUCCCAAAUCAGACGCGCAACAAGAUCCUCGCGGCGCUGUUCGCCGCCAUCGCCAUGACCGGCUACGCGAUAGCCAACGGCAUGUUCCAGGACUUGAAAGAGUUCGAUCACUCGCAAGACUACAACGACAUGUUUGAGAAUGACGAAGAUGACAACUGACGGGAGCCUACGCCGCUGGGAGCUGCCGCGCACGCCGCUCGCCGCUCUCGCGCGACCAAACGACACAAACGUCACCGUCCGUGCCACAUCUACUUCACCAGACUAUUUAUCGGAAACGAACAACCGCCGAGCGUGUCGUUGUCGCUCGUUUUGUCGCGCAAGACCGUUUGUAGCUGCCGCUAGUUGCACGAAACAAGUCAGGUGACAUAGGCGUACGUUGCUUCUUAUUUAGUUUCACACAAUUUUUUUUUAAAUAAUACAUUAGCGUUGCAAGCGUACUUAUUAUUAUGAUAGUUAUUGAUAUUGUUUUACGACAUUACAUCGUAUAAACUUACAUAAUUAUGACGGACAACUUUUAUAUCGCUUUUUGUUUCAAUUUGUAUCAAUUUUCUAAAAGAAUUGGCGUUUUUCGUGCAACGAAACCUGUACAGUGUCUAGUCUAAAUGAACGGCGUGGCUUUUUAGUGACUUGUAAUUAUAGCAUGUGUUAGAAAUGUUCCUGUUGUAUGACUUUUACUACCUUAUUGUUAAUAUUUUCACCAUUUGAAUUGUAGUAUUAAAAAACUAAAUAAAUGGUGUUUAUAAUUUUAUUAUAUUCAAGUCACUAGAAUGUAUACUUCUCGAAAUGUAUAGUUAUUUAUCUGAUGCAUUUAUUGUUGUUGUUGUUGUUGUGAAAAUUAGUAUGAAUAACAAAUGAAGACCUUGGGGGUUAUUUAUAUUUAUUAGAAGAUGUGUGGACUAUGAAAAAUUGGGAGUGAAAAAUCGACUCAUCCGAAGAACAGAGCCCGAUGUGA